CAUGUACAGUACCACAUGGCGCAGUGGGAUAAGCCAGGGAAGUGGGCCGGUCCCUAACCUCCGGUGUCUAUGUCUCCUCCAGCUCCCCUGCAGCGCAGGAUGAACCCACUGGCAUCCUGCCUCGGCCUGUGGCUCCUCUGCCAGCUCCCAGCCCUGGCCUCGGGGACACGUGCCAUCUACAAAGUACAGGAGGAACAACCCCCCAACAGCCUCAUAGGGAGCCUGGCCUCCGACUACGGCUUACCGGACAUGGGGCACCUCUACAAGCUGGAAGUGGGGGCCCCUUACCUCCGUGUGGAUGGCAAGACGGGGGACAUCUACACUACAGAGACCUCCAUCGACCGGGAGAACCUGCGGGAGUGCCAGCACCUCCUCCCCGGAGAGCCCUGCUUCCUGGAGUUCGAGGUGUCCAUCACUAACCUGAACGCCAACAGCAGCCCGCGCCUGCUCGAGGGGCAGAUCGAGGUGCUCGAUAUCAAUGACAACACCCCCAACUUCGCCUCACCCGUCCUCACCCUCUCCAUCCCCGAAAACACCAACAUCGGGACGCUCUUCUCCAUCCCCCUGGCCAUGGACCGGGACUCAGGCCCCAACGGCGUUGCCUCCUACGAGCUGAUGGCUGGUCCGGAGGCGCAGGAGCUCUUUGGGCUGCAGGUGGCCGAGGACCAGGAUGAGAAGCAGCCUCAGCUGAUCGUCAUGGGGAACCUGGACAGGGAGCAGUGGGACUCCUACGAUCUGACCAUCAAGGUGCAGGAUGGGGGAAACCCCCCACGGGCGAGCAGUGCCCUGCUCCGCAUCACCAUCCUGGACAUGAACGACAACGCGCCCAAGUUCGAGAAGGCCCUGUACGAGGCAGAGCUCUCUGAAAACAGCCCAGUGGGGCACUCUGUCCUCCAGGUGAAAGCCAACGAUUCGGACCAGGGUUCCAAUGCCGAGAUCGACUACUCCUUCCACCAGGCCUCAGACAUGGUGCGGCGGCUGCUGCGCCUGGACCGCGCCACGGGGCUCAUCACCGUGCAGGGCCCCAUCGACCGUGAGGACAUCGGCACCCUCAAGUUCUCCGUCAUGGCCAAGGACAAGGGAGCCAACCCCAAGAGUGCCCGCACGCAGGUGGUGGUCACCAUCAAGGACAUGAACGACAACGCACCCUCCAUAGAGAUUCGGGGCAUAGGAUUGGUCACCCACCAGGAUGGCAUGGCCAACAUCUCGGAGGACGUGCCAGUAGAGACAGCAGUGGCUCUGGUGCAGGUGUCCGACCGAGAUGAGGGUGAAAACGCAGUGGUGACCUGCGUGGUGGCCGGUGACGUCCCAUUCCAGCUGCGCCAGGCCAGUGAGACAGGGAGUGACAGCAAGAAGAAAUACUUUCUGCAGACCACCACGCCACUGGACUACGAGUCGGUGAAGGAGUACACGAUUGAGAUUGUGGCCGUGGACUCGGGGAACCCGCCCCUCUCCAGCACCAACUCCUUGAAGGUGCAGGUGAUGGAUGUCAAUGACAACGCCCCUGUCUUCAGCCAGAGCUUCACUGAGGUGGCCUUCCCUGAGAACAACGAGCCCGAUGAGCUGGUCAUGGAGGUGAGCGCCACUGAUGCUGACAGUGGCUCCAACGCCAAGCUGGUUUAUUCCCUGGUGACAGACCCCUCUUCCAAGGGCUCUUUCACCAUUGACCCUGACUCCGGGGAGAUCCGGGUGAAGGCGGUGCUGGACCGAGAGCAGCGAGAACGCUACGAGUUCUUGGUGGUGGCAGAAGAUAAGGGCAGCCCCAGCAAGCAGGGCACAGCGUCCGUGGCCAUCAACGUCAUGGACAGGAAUGACAACGACCCCAAGUUCAUGCUGAGCGGCUACAACUUCUCAGUGAUGGAGAACAUGCCGCCCCUCAGCCCCGUGGGCAUGGUGACGGUCAUCGAUGCUGACAAAGGAGAAAAUGCCCGGAUCCAGCUGUCGGUGGAGCAAGACAACGGGGAUUUUGUCAUCCAAAAUGGCACUGGCACCAUCCUCUCCAGCAUCUCUUUCGACCGGGAGCAGCAGAGCACCUACACCUUCCGACUCAAGGCGGUGGACGGUGGGGAUCCACCCAGGUCUGCCUAUGUGGGGGUGACCAUCAACGUCUUGGAUGAGAAUGACAAUGCCCCCUUCAUCACUUCCCCCUCCAACGCCACCUACAAGCACAUCCUGCCCCACACCAGCCCCGGCCAGCAGGUGAGCAAGGUCAAGGCAGAGGACAUCGACUCGGGCAUCAAUGCCGAGCUGAUCUACAGCAUCACAGGAGGAAACCCCUUCGAGCUCUUCCAGAUCUCCCCGCAGAGCGGAGACAUCACUCUGGAGAAGGAGAUCCUGCGCAAGCACCAUGGCCUGCACCGCCUGGUUGUGCGUGUCAAUGACAAGGGCAAGCCCUCGCGGCACGGUACGGCUCUGGUGCACUUCUACGUCAACGAGACGCUGGCCAACCGCACGCUGCUGGACACGCUGGUGGGGCACAGCCUGGACACCCCGCUGGACAUCGACAUCGCCGGCGACCCCGAGUAUGAGCGCAGCAAACAGCGGAGCAACAUCCUCUUCGGGGUCAUCGCCGGCAUCGUGGCCGUCACCCUGGUCAUCGUGCUGGUGGUCCUGGUGCGCUACUGCCGGCAGCGUGAGGCCAAGAGUGGCUACCAGGCAGGCAAGAAGGAGACCAAGGACCUGUAUGCACCCAAGCAGGCCAGCAAGAGCGGGAAGAGCAAGAGCAAGGUGAAGAAGAGCAAGUCUCCCAAACCGCCCAAGCCCACAGAGGAUGAGGAGGAGACAGGGCUGCAGAAAUCGCUCAAGUUCAACCUCAUGAACGACUCCGUCAGUGACAGCCCCCGGAUCCACCUGCCCCUGAACUACCCUCCGGGCAGCCCUGACCUGGGCCGCCACUACCGCUCCAACUCGCCGCUGCCCUCCAUCCAGCUGCAGCCUCAGUCACCCUCCGCCUCCAAGAAGCACCAAGUGGUGCAGGACCUGCCGGCCACCAACACCUUUGUUGGCACCGGGGACAACAACUCGACGGGCUCCGAGCAAUACUCGGACUACAGCUACCGCACCAACCCCCAGAAAUACACCAACAAGCAGGUAGGAGAGCUCAUCCUGAGGCCGGCAGCGGCCCCCCCACUGCACCGGGGAGCCAUCUGGACAGAGGUGUGGGAGUGAGCAUGGACUGGCCCCCAGCCCUGCAUGUGUGGCCCAGGGGGCUGGCGCUGGACUACCCCGGAGCCGAGCCACAGAGCCUGGGCAUGGUGCAAAGAGGGGAUGGGGACGGUGUGGGGGGAGGCCAAAAACUGUCCAAGCCCUUGUCAGAGCGCCCGGGGCUGGGUCCUGGUGGCGCUGCCUGGGUGACGGUGACGCGAAGGGUGCUGCAUGCGUGUGGCUCUGCAUGUGGGGCUCCAGGCAGGGAACGCCACCCUCCUGCGUGCCCUUUGGGGACCACUCUAAGAGCACUGAGGGGGGCCAUGCCCACCUUCCCAUCCUUCCCUCUGCUUGGGCUGGCUCAUGGGGAGGAGGGACUGGUCCUGCUCCUGCCACAGCCGGGUUCCAGCCCUGCCCUGCUCCAGGGCACAGUUGGGAAGGCUCUGGACUCGCUGUUGCCAGCCCAGCUCUGCUGGUGUGGCUGAACCUGCCACCUUCCCUGCACCAGGGCGCCUCAGAGGGAGCUGUGCACCCGCUGCGGCUGCCCGGGCAGGUGGAGCUGGGUGGAGGAGCAGAGCUCUGCCUUUUUCCCAGGCUCAGGCUUCGGCUUCCCCCAGGCUCGGGCCCUCUGCCACAAACGGUGCGGUGAAAUCCAGGCUUCCCUUAGCAUGAUCACUGGGUCCGCAGCUGUGGCUCUGCGGGAGAGGCUCUGCAGAUCUUGGUGGCACGGGAAUGGCCCGUCCAUGUGGCAGGGCUGGGGCUGUGCUGGGGCUGGAGGAGAGGGGCACUGGGGUGUCUGCUGCAGUCGGGUCACUGCUCUUGGUGUCACCGGGGGCGGGUCUCUGCGUGCGGGGCAGGGCGGAGGUAGGUCUUGGCUGCUCGCUGGUGUGCACUGGAGCUUGGAGCUGAGCCGUGAGGCCGUGGGCUGAGUGCGGAGCUUGCAGGACCCUCUAUCUUGGGCUGUCUGGCCACUUAGGAGCUUGCACCACAUUUCUGCUUUGGCACUUCUAUCCUUAACCAGCCAGGGAGGGAGAGGGGGAGUGAGUAGCUGUGGCUUUGUCUUCUUCCUGGGGCCCCGUGGGUGAGGACCACCCACUCCCACCCAUGCUGUAGCCCCUGUGCCCAAUGAGACCCCUGCCCCCUUCUUUGUACCCCAGUUAGCGGCAGGCUGGGCUCCUGCCGUGGGGCUGAGCUCAGCUGCCCUGUUGGAUUUGACUUCAAUAAAGUUUUCUAUUUUUGA